UUCGCCAAGGACCUCAAGCACAAGCGCAUCAUGCUGGGCUUCACCCAGGCUGACGUGGGGCUGGCUCUGGGUACCCUCUACGGGAAGAUGUUCAGUCAGACAACCAUCUGCCGCUUUGAAGCGCUGCAGCUCAGCUUCAAGAACAUGUGCAAGCUGAAGCCGCUGCUGCAGCGUUGGCUUAAUGAGGCAGAGAACACGGACAACAUGCAAGAGAUGUGCAAUGCGGAGCAAGUUUUGGCCCAAGCCCGGAAGAGAAAACGCAGGACCAGUAUUGAGACCAACGUGAAGGGGACGCUGGAGAGCUUCUUCCGCAAGUGUGUGAAGCCCAGCCCCCAGGAGAUCUCCCAGAUCGCUGAGGACCUCAACCUGGACAAAGAUGUGGUCCGGGUCUGGUUCUGCAACCGGCGUCAGAAAGGCAAACGGCUGCUGCUGCCCUUUGGCAAUGAGGCAGAGGGGGUGAUGUACGACAUGAACCAGUCCCUGGUGCCCACUGGCCUGCCGAUCCCGGUCACGUCCCAGGGCUACAGCCUGGCGCCCUCCCCUCCCCUGCUUUCGGGAAAGGUGGAAGCACAGCAGGAUCUCACCUGA